AAUAAUUGUUUAUUUUCCCAUGAUGGGAUAUUGCAGAAAAAUGCGUUUAAAAUUAAAACAAUGAUUUCAACAAUGAAUUACUGCUGAUUGUGAUAAAUUUUUCCAGAUCUUUAGUUCAUACUGCAACAAUGACAAGAUUAUCGCUGUGCCAGUUUGCUCAAUUCCGAGAGAAAUUUGUAUCUGACAGAGUAAAAACAAAUUUUGCCUCAUGGUUCCCAGGUCACAUGUAUAAAGGUAUGCUACAAAUGCAAGCCAAACUCGCCGUUGUUGAUUGCAUAGUGGAAAUUCAUGAUGCUAGAAUCCCUUUUAGUGGCCGAAAUCCAAAGUUUUACUCUAUGCUCUCUGCAAUUAAGCCUCAUAUUCUCGUCUUAAAUAAAACUGAUCUUGCUGAUCUGACUCAGAAAGAAAAAAUAAAAAAGCACUUGUUGAAAGAAAGUGUUAAGGAGGUGCUAUUUACUGAUUGCAAAUCAAGUUCAAAGACUGGUGUUGAGAAGAUACUUCCAACAGCAAUAGAAUUAAUGAAAGAUGGUGAUUUCCAUAAUCGACUUAAUAGAAAUUCGUUUUCAUUGAUGGUUAUUGGAGUUCCUAACAUUGGAAAAUCAUCCGUGAUAAAUAAAUUAAGAAACAUUCAUCUAAAGCAAGGAAAGGCUACUUCAGUUGGUGCUGUUCCAGGUAUCACAAAAUCAGUACUUGAAAAAAUUAAGAUAUCUGAAAAUCCACUUGUUUAUUUGUAUGACACGCCUGGAAUUAUGACCCCAUCCAUUGAUAGUUUUGAAGUUGGUUUAAAACUUGCUCUUUGUAGGACUUUAAAUGAUUCGCUUGUUGGUUUAGAUUUGAUGGCAGAUUAUUUAUUGUUUUGGUUAAAUAAACACAAAAAAUUUAAAUAUGUAAACUACUUGGAAUUAAAUGAACCACUUGAUGACAUUCGUAUGGUUUUGUUACACAUUGCCAAACAAUUCAAUAAAGUUCAAAAAAUAAAAACUGCUGAAGAUUUUCAGGAUGCAGGUUGA